AUGCCUCGUACAAAACCAAGAACAAGCAAUAAAGGGACGUAUACAGGAGAACAGAUGAAAGCUGCAUUACAAGAUGUACUUGCAGGCAAAACUAUACGUUCAGCAGCAAAGGACCACGAUUUGAACUACAAUACUUUGAAUAGGAAAUACAAGAAACUAAAUGGAAGUGAAAUCCCAGAUGAGUCACUUCUGACAGCAAAUUAUACCCAUAAUCAGGUGUUCAGUCCUGACCUGGAGGUUGAAUUAACAUCUUAUAUACGAGAACGUUCAGAGCUGGGCCAUGGUUUGGACACUGAUGAAGUUCGAACGCUAGCUUUUGAUUUUGCUGAGGCCAACGCUAUCCAAGUACCAGAAAAUUGGAAGGUAAAGAAAACAGCAGGAAAGGAAUGGUUCAUGGCAUUCAUGAAGAGGAACCGAACACUCCCUCUUAGGCUUCCUCAAGCAUUUAGUGCAAGCAGAGCAGCAUGUUUCAACAAGCCCAACAUCCAAAACUACUUUGAGAAGUUAAACACUGUGCUGGACAGGAACCCCAGGUUUGCAUCUGGGGAAAGAAUUUUUAAUGCUGAUGAAAUUGGAACAACAACUGUUGGUGCAAUUACUAGAAAAGUUGUUGGACCUAAGGGAAGCCGACAAGUACAUCAAGCUCAAAGCCAUGAGAGAGGUGAGAGUGUAACAUCUAUGUUUUUUGCCUAUGCUAAUGGAACUUUCUUGCCUCCAGUCAUGCUGUUUCCUAGGAUCACUUACAAUACUGGCAUGGGAAAAGAUUGCUACCCUGGAACGAAAGGGAUAGCGACUGGAAAGAAAGGUUACAUGAAUCACAUUGUCAUGGUCCAGUCUAUUCAGCAUUUCAUCGAUCAUUCAAAUAGUUCCAAAGAGAACCCAUCGCUGCUCAUAGUUGACAAUUUUGGCAGUCAUAUUACCCUCAGCGUUAUUAAUUUGUGCAAAGAAAAUGGGGUAACUCUUUUUACUCUUCCUCCUCACACCACCCACCGCACUCAGCCAUUAGAUGUGGGAGUUUUCAAGCCCUUCAAAAAUGCAUACAACAAAGCUGUGCACACCUGGAAUAGUCAAAAUGCAGGCAGAUCUGUGAGUAUUUAUGAAGUUGCAGGUUUUGUACAUACAGCCAUUCUCCAAAGUUUUACCCCACAAAAUAUCCUGAGUGCCUUCCGAGCAACUGGCAUUCAUCCCUUUAACCCCGAUAUCUUUCCUGAGAAGGACUUCUUCAAGAGUUCUGUGACUUAUCAAGAGAACCCACCUGAAGCAGGACCUGCUCAGCUUGCUAAUAAUGAAAAAGAUGAUAAUGCCAUCCCUCUGAAUGACA